AUGAAGGCCGGCGUCAGUGAAGUACAGAUCGCGAGCUAUCUUACGCAGAACUUCGCUGCAAACUAUAGCCAACUAGCACCCGCAGCCCUCAUAAUCUACGACUACUGUCUGACCAUCGGAAGCGAAGUGCGCUUCAUAUGGGGCCGGAAGUUGUCUGCGGCGUUCGUGUUCUUCCUCAACCGAGUGACUAUGGUGGGGUUGGCGGUGACGGGCAUACUCGGCAUUCUAUCUUGGUCUUCUGUAGAGGACUGCAAAGGCUUACUGAUCGCCAAUGAAGUCUUUCUGUCCGCCUCGUAUAUAAUCUGGGCCUGGGUUUCCGCAAUUCGCGUCAGGGCCCUCAGCCAGAGUCGUGCACUCGCCUGUGUAACGCUACUGCUCGGCAUCAUGCCAUUUGUAUCCAACUUGGUGAGAGCCGCGACCCAGAAUUCCAACCCAAUGCUCACAGCUGUCGGGGAGAAGGUCCUGUACGCCAGAACGACCUUCAUUACGAUUCCCCUCGUACCCAGCAUCACAACCUGCGCAACCCAAAAUAGCCUCUCGCAUAGUCUGAAUACACGGACGUCAGGCUCUGGGAACAGACUCCGCGUCUUUUGCCUGCGGGAGAUGCUGAGUGGCCGCUCUGACGCACCUACGCUCGGGCAUCUGCUUAUCCGAGAUGGGAUGCUAUGCUUCCUCGUGCUUCUCGCCCUCAACGUCGCACAGAUGCUCACGAGUUUCCAGACUGCCUACGGCGUUUUGAACGUCUUCAUUACAUCGUUGGUCUUCUCGAUGGCGAGCGUUCUCGUCUCGCGAUUGCUGAUCAACCUCAAUGAGGCGGUGAACAAAAACGUCAUGCUUGAUCCGGGCACGCAGCGAGGGAGCCACUGGCUGGCAAGCCCCGGGUGUACGGAAGCUGAGGCUCCGACGAUCAUGUUUGCCUCUGUCACAACAGAUCGUUUCGACACCGAUGCAUAG